CACUACUACACUGCAACAGUUAUACGGUUCAGUAGGAACUUUUCGUAAACGUAUAUUUUUUGUACAUAAAUAUUUAAUCAUUAAACAGUAAUAAUAUUAUAGUAAUAAAUACACUUUCUGUAUACAAGGGGUCAUAAGUCUUGUUAUUUACUAACCAUUAUAGAAUAAAGGAAAAUGUAGUUGGACUUAAAUCAUUUAUUGUGUUGGAUUCCAGCCAUCGUUCAGAUCUGAACAUAUGUUACCAUUUGUUUUCUGUAUAGAAAUUAUACUCCAAAKUUUGGAAAAUGGAUUUAAAACAAUUAUUUUUGACACGAUCACAUGAUGGGUACCUAGGCAAGGAGGAUAAUCAGGUCCGAAUUGAAACAGCUCUAGAAACUGAAGACGAAGAAGACAAUGAUCUUAUUAAUGAAGAAUUGAAAAAUGCAUUAGCUUUAGAUAAUUUGAAAGAAUGGGGCAACAACAUUAAACUCACCAAAGGAAAACCAUUUUCUGGUUUGACUCCUUCUAUGUGGCCAGAGGAUAUUGUUGUUGGCUAUACUCAAUAUGACAAUACAUCUCCACCAAGUCAUCAAUGGUUUGAUGAAUUUGGUUUUCGUGUUGAAAAUCACAAUGAUUUUUCAAAGGAAUGCAUAUUAGCAGAUGAUAUAUACGAAGAUCCUCAACACAGAAACCAAUGGAUCACCUACUUUGAAAAUGUGUACAUAAAAGAAUUGUCAGAAAAAGAAAAAAUAACUUUGAAACCUCAUUCUGAAACAUUACGGUCAAUGGUUCGUCAAGGUAUACCGCAUUCACUUAGACCUCAGCUAUGGAUGAGAUUUUCUGGGGCGUAUUUGAAAAAACAAUCUCAUUCUGUCAGUUACAAAGAGAUAGUAAGAUCAUCUAAUAAUGAUACUUUGGUUUCAUCAAAACAAAUUGAAAAAGAUCUUUUGCGUACCAUGCCUAGUCAUGUUUGUUUUAAUAAUCUCCAGAGUACUGGAAUCCCUAGAUUACGAAGAGUAUUACGAUCACUAGCCUGGCUUUAUCCUGAUAUUGGUUAUUGCCAAGGAACCAGUAUGAUUGUGGCAUCGCUCUUACUUAUACUUGAAGAGGAAGAAUCGUUUUGGGUAAUGUGUGCUAUUGUUGAAGAUUUAUUGMCUGCAUUAUACUAUACUACAACUUUAAUAGGUGUGAAAGCAGAUCAACAAGUGUUACAAACUGUUUUAGGAAAUUGUUUACCAGGAAUUUGUCAACUUUUGCGAUUACAUGACAUAGAAUUGAGUUUAAUCACAGUUAACUGGUUUUUGACAUUGUUUUCUAAUGUUGUCAACUUCAAAGUAUUAUUAAGAAUUUGGGAUUUAUUAUUCUUUGAGGGGUCGAUUGUUCUGUUCCAAAUUACAAUUGGGCUUUUAAAAUCUAAAGAACCAUUGUUGAAAACACUCGAUAAUUCAGCUGAUAUAUUCAAUGCAUUGUCUAAUAUACCUGGAAAUAUAUCCAAUAUCAAAGAAUUAUUUCAAGUGUGUUUUGAAGUAUGCCCAGAAAUUACUGAUGAAAAAAUUGAAGCUUAUCGGAGACGAUAUUUAGGAUAUUUAAUGGCUGAUGGAGGAGCUUUAGUUCCAAACAUAAAUUCUUCAACAAAUCUUCCCAAACAACAUCUUAAUAGAAGACAAAUUCGAAAAUCCAAAUCUUUAAUGCAAGUAUUGCUUUUUGGUGAUGACAUUAAUGAAGAUAACUCUAAGGUUAUAUUAAAAUGCAAAAAUAUUCGUCAAACUGAAUUUUUAGUUGACUUAAGAGAAGCAAUAAUGCAAGUAGCUCGUCAUUUUGUGUUUGUUGAUCCUAAACUUAGCAAUCUCUCUUUAAAACCUGACUAUACUAAAGAAAGUCACUCAAAAGAUUUAGAAACAUAUGCAAAUGUAUCAAGAAAUAAAAAAAGGAGAGCUAAAGCGCUUUUAGAUUUUGAAAGACACGAUGAUGAUGAAUUAGGAUUUCGAAAAAAUGAUAUAAUUACGAUUAUUAGCCGUAAAGAUGAACAUUGUUGKGUUGGAGAAUUAAAUGGUCUAAGAGGAUGGUUUCCUGCAAAAUUUGUUGAACUUUUGGAUGAAAGAAGUAAACAAUACAGUAUAGCUGGUGAUGAUUCAAUAUCAGAAACAAUUACAGAUUUAGUUAGAGGAACUCUUUGUCCAGCUAUUAAACAGGUUCUUGAACAUGGAAUGAAACGACCGUCAUUUUUGGGUGGUCCAUGUCAUCCAUGGUUAUUUAUUGAAGAAGCAGCAAUGACUGAAGUUGAAAGGGAUUAUAGUUCUGUAUAUAGUAGAUUAAUGUUAUGUAAGACAUAUAGGUUAGAUGAAGAUGGCAAAGUAUUAACCCCUGAAGAACUUUUAUAUAGAUGUAUUCAAUGUAUAAAUCAAAGUCAUGAUGCUGCUGGUUGUCAGAUGGAUGUAAAAUUAAGAAGUCUUGUUUGUCUUGGUCUCAAUGAACAAGCAUUACAUUUGUGGUUAGAGCUGUUGUGUUGCUCUGAUCAAGUAGUUAAGAAAUGGUAUCAGCCAUGGAGUUUUGUUUGCAGUCCAGGAUGGGUGCAAGUGAAAUGUGAGUUAAGAGUUUUAUCUCAAUUUCCAUUUAAUUUAAAUCCAGAUUGGGAACUACCUCCAAAAAAAGAAAAUACUCAGACAUUAAAAGCUGGCGUUAGAGAUAUGCUGGUAAAACAUCACUUAUUUAGUUGGGAUCUUUAACAGUAUUUAAUUCUACUGUAUGGUGAAUACAUAUAAUAAUAUGUAUUUUAAGUUCUAAAAUAAUUUUCAUUUGUAUUCUUUAUAACUAGGUAUUUACUUGUUUAUUGUUGUUUUUCUUAUUUAUUUCACUGAAUCUUUAAUUUGUGUGGCU